AUGUCCAAGUCGCUGAAACUCGAGAAAAGUGUGCCGUCGACGUCGUCCGCGUCCGGCGUGUCGUUGCCCGACCACUUCGCCGAGAACGAUCCGAUCGCACAAACGAUUAUCGAUUUCAAGGCGUCGGAAUGCAAAUUGUCCAGGCACGAGAAGCUGGUGAAGCUGUCCAGUAAAGCGUCCUGUCAGGUUUCAACUUGCCAAUGUAGCGGAUGGCAAAGUAGGAGUGGUAAAAGUUUGAUGACUUCAACUUGCACAAAAUCUGGCUGUAAACAUCCUCUAUCUUCUCAUGUAUCACAUUUCAAAAGUGCCACGGAUGAACAGUUAAACUCCUUACUAAGAUUAGUAUUUGAUCUCGAUAAUUUAUCAGUCACUAUAAAUCAAGAAAAGGAAAACGCAAUUUCAGAGAGAAAUUAUGUGCAAGAAGACACCUAUGCUGCAGUUUAUCGUGAAUUACGAAAUUUUGUUUAUCCCGGAUCUAGUAUCACACUUGAUAAAGUAUUUGGAACUCCACCAUUUGAAGAUCCAAACAUAGUUAAAACUUUAAUGAACUUUAAUAUGUAUAAGUUUGGUCAUGAAAGUUCUCAACUAAAAAUUGCUUUAAAAGUCAGUAAAUUUGUAACAAAACAUUAUGAUCUUUGGAAAUGGAUUUCUCCCAAGGAAUUACCGCAAUGUAAAACAUUACAACAUAGGAAAAAUUAUGAAUUCUAUUAUCAAAGAUAUUUAGUAUUUUGUCUACUACCCAAAUAUCUUCAAUCCAUUGCACCAAGCUUUAAAAUGAGUUUGAUAUUUGGUCAAGACAUUCUUAAGUAUACAUUAAAAGCUUUUAGAAUGCAUUUAACAGACUGGUGUCAUGCAUCAUCUUCAAAAUGGUCGAACCAUCAAAAACACUUUUACACGAGUUAUUUGCCCAAGUAUAUGAAUUUAUUAGAAGAAGAAGUGCAUGCUGUUCAUUCACCAAUAUGGGAUUUGCAUUUUAAAGAGUUUGAUCUAAAAAAAGCACUUCUAACUGAUCCCUUGGACUCCGGGCUAGAUGAAACUAAGGGAGCAGAACAUAGAGAUUGUAGAAAAAAAGAUAAACAUCCGAAAGAAGGUAUGAAAAUGAAACCAAAUAAGAAACAUAGUGUUGAAGAUGCUUUAUCGGAAGACAAAAUUAUAGACGUUCUAAAAAAUGUUCAAAUUAGGCCUAUCACUUACUCCAAGGAGUAUGGGUUAGAAACCGGACCUCGCGGUCAUCAAGCUCGAACAGAAGAAGAUAAUGGGAUUAUACGCUGCGUGAUUAUAGGUAAUUCGUUAGAGGCAAGAGUCGAAAAAAGUACUAUGUUGUGGCUUAUGCAAUUAAGAAAUUUGUUUCGAACUCAAUUGCCAGGAAUGCCAGUUAGAUACAUUACUCGAAUAGUAUUUGAUACGAAACACAAGACAUUAGCUUUGUUGAAAAAUGGGGUUCCAAUUGGUGGUAUAUGUUUUUGUCCAUUUGUCUCUCAAGGUUUUACAGAAAUAGUAUUCUGUGCAGUCAAAGUUGAUCAACAAGAAAAUGGAUAUGGAACACACCUAAUGAAUCAUUUAAAGGAUUAUCAUAUUCAGCAUAAUAUACUUAAUUUUCUUACUUACGCUGAUCAACUUGCAAUUGAAUAUUUUAAGAAACAAGGGUUUAGCCAAGAUGUAAGAGCAUCGAAUGAAACACAUCAAAAAUAUAUUAAACAUUAUCAAGGUGCAAUAUUGAUGCACUGUGAACUAAAUCCAAAAAUUGUUUAUACUCAAUUAACAUCAGUGAUACGUUUACAAAAAGAAAUAGUUAAGAAUCUUGUGGAAGAAAAAAAAAUGAAAAUGGAAAAGCAUAACCCAGGCCUAACAUGUUUCUUAGAUGGUGUACGCAUGAUCCCGAUUGAAUCAAUACCUGGUGUUUUGGAUGCUGGUUUGACACCAUCAACUCGGAUUACAAGAAAUAGUCGUGUCAAGGAAGAAACAACUGAUAUUGACGUCUUAACUAAACAGCUAAAAAAAGUUUUGCAAUUUAUAAAAAGCAACGAAUUUUCUGAACCAUUUUUGAAUCCAGUUGAUAAAGAUGUUCCUGGUUACUAUGAUAUUAUAAAGUAUCCUAUGGACUUGAGUACAAUUGGUAAGCGAUUGGCUUCAGGCUACUAUUCGUCUAGAAAAUUGUUUAUUGCUGAUAUGAGACGAAUUGUUACCAAUUGUAAAACAUUUAAUCCAGAGCAUUCAUAUUGGGCAAACUGUGCAGUUGAAUUGGAAAAACUUUUCCAGAUUAAAAUGAAAGAAAUGGAACUCUGGGAUAACUAA